GUUGAGGACAACAAUAGCUGGCUGGGCCGACAUAUGACGCGCUACUUGCUUUUUUUUUUUAAUUUCUUUCUGGUCUAGACAUCACAUCAUUAGCCAAGCUAGCUAGUUAGCAGCUGCUUAUUUUUUGACAAAAUGUCAACUACGACCGGCGGCGGAGAGUUCGGCAACCCUCUACGAAAGUUCAAGCUUGUCUUUCUGGGUGAACAAAGCGUUGGGAAGACAUCGCUGAUCACCAGGUUCAUGUAUGACAGUUUUGACAACACUUACCAGGCAACAAUUGGCAUUGACUUCCUAUCGAAAACCAUGUACUUAGAAGACCGUACGAUUCGGCUGCAACUCUGGGAUACAGCUGGACAGGAACGUUUCCGCAGCCUCAUCCCCAGUUACAUCCGCGACUCGGCCGCUGCGGUGGUGGUUUAUGACAUAGCCAAUAUAAAUUCAUUCCAGCAAACAUCAAAGUGGAUUGAUGAUGUCAGAACAGAGAGAGGGAGUGAUGUUAUUAUUAUGCUUGUUGGGAACAAAACUGAUUUGGCAGACAAAAGACAAGUUUCUGUUGAGGCGGCAGAGAGGAAAGCUCGUGAGCUCAAUGUGAUGUACAUAGAGACGAGUGCCAAGGCUGGCUAUAACGUCAAACAGCUGUUCCGUCGUGUUGCUGCCGCGUUGCCUGGGAUGGAUAGCACACCGGAGAAAAGCAAAGAGGACAUGAUUGACAUCAAACUGGAGAAGCAGCCCGAGAUGACAGUCACCGAGAGCAGCUGCUCGUGCUAGUAGACCCGCCUCUGCUCUGCCGCUGCCCGGCCCGUCUCCUGUCCACCAACAGCUUGUUUCUCAGUGGCCACUCCCUCCACCCUUUGGUACGCCGCCAUCGUGAUGGAGGACUUGUCUUUCCCUUUUCAACUCAGUGACUUUUCAGAGUAAUUGUGUGGAUGUGCUAUACUGUAUUGAAACAAAUUAUCUGGAGAAAAA